UAAAUCAACACAGACUACAUAAAUAAGGUGAGAAUGGGUAGAAGAGACCAUGUACAAAAGGUUAAAUUUAUCUCAUACUGACUUGUAUGUGAUGUAAAUAGGAUUUUAGAACCACCUCCAUGAGACCCAACAGGCUCUUAUUAUAGGCCUAGUUUUUAUUUGCUUUACAAUGUGGCUCUAACAUAGCUUUGCAUACACCCUGACAAUAAAUGGCUUAGUGUAUAAAAGGGAACUACACGGACACACCAUCUGUAGUGUCUUUGUCUCCCAGUGGCAUUUACUACUCACUAUAUUUGUUUAUAUAUUGUAUUUAUCACGUUUACUGUGAUAUUUGUUACUACAGAGGCAAGAAAAAGUAAAAAAAAAAAAAAAAAAACAAACCUGCACUUCCCGUUUUUCCAAGUUUUUUUUCCCAAACUCAUUUAAUUCAAAACUGUCACGUAACUUUUUGCGUGAGGAAAAACAGGGAACAGAUAAUUAUUUAGCCGUUUCAACGAGUCAAAUUUUCCACAUGCAGUCCUCCUGUGGUAAAUAGACCUGAGGAAAUGCACCUGUCAUGGAAAAUGUGGAGAGGCGCUCCUGUCUGUCUGCUGCAAACUUUCCUUAUCUUCCGGUACUCGGGACUCCUCUGACAUAGCGCACAAAGUCAACAGGUUUGGAGACGGGAGGCGAGAAGAGGAAGACGUGGGGGAGAGAGAGAGAGAGAGAGAGAGACACACAGGGACAUGGUCACAGCCGACAAGGAAACCUGUUUAUAGGAAUAUCUCGCUGUCGCCCGUAGUGACACAAGUCGUGUAGCGGGAGAGAGAGAGAGAGAGAGAGAGACGGGGAGGGGGGGGGACGUCGACUUUUAACAACAGGGAUUUUCUCAAUGCGACAGCGACUGAGCUGAGCCAGCUAACCUGUGCUAAGGGUUCUUGGUUAAAGGCACAAUGCCCCAGGCUGAAGACAUGAUCAACCUGGGCUUCCUGUCGGAGUCUGAGCAGGAGCUGAUCCUGGAGGUGCUGCGACGGGACGAGGAGUUGAGACUGGCUGAGGAGCAGCGUGUGCGGAAGUUGAAGACAGAGUUGCUGGAUGUGAGGAGGAAAGGGGCCAAACGUGGCAGUGGAAGAUACAGUCAGCGUAGUUGUGGCAGAUGUCAGGAGCCUCUGAGUCGACUGACUGUUUUCUCCAGCCAGUGUAAGAUGUGCAAUCACCUCGUGUGCCGCAACUGCCGAACAGUCCUCCCCAAAGGAUCCUGGCUGUGCAGUGUGUGUGCCAAAGAGUCGGAUCUAAAGAAAAGGACAGGUGACUGGUUCUUUGAUCAAAGGGUCAACCGUUUCUCUACAAUGCCUGGACACGACCUAGUGAGAGUCUCCCUGAAAAAGAGGCCUCCGCCCAAGAAGCGUGAGACAACAGGAGAAUUGCUGUUGAGAAGUACUGAAAUAAACCCAGAUCUUCCCACUCCCAUUCCUCGGACCAGGCAGAAAAAUCAGACAACUGACAAAGGUCAGUCAACUCAGAAUUCAGGAUCAAUUGGUUCAAGGGAAUCAUUUGAAUCAAGGGAGGACAUUUGGUCAAAGCCAAUACGCAGUGAUACAGAGUCUGCAGAAAACGCCAGUAUAAUUAGCAGCAAAACUGAGACUGAGUCUGGCCGUGCGACCCCCGAGCAACCAAGGAAAGAGAACCGCUCAGUUCAGUCCAGCCCAACAGGAUCCAGUGUUUCCAGCGUGACUGUCCCAGUCAAAGCAGAUAUUGUUAACAUUGACAGCACCAACGCAAAAGCUAACACUGCCCCAGACGUUAAAGCGAACAGUCCGAGCCCAGAUUUAGAUGUUGAUAGACUCUUCAAGAAGAGCAUCAAGCGAGACCCAAGGCCUUCCGCAGAGUAUGUAUCUACACUGGACCUGCGUGAUGGAUGUGACACAUCAGAGGUCUCAAUGGGCAACAGGAGCCGAUCUGUACCAGGCUUAGAUAUACAGGAAGAUGGAGAGGAGGAGGAAGAUAUUGACAGCUUGGUUAGCUUUCAUAAAAGGACAAUGGCUUCGAGCUCCUCCAGUUUGCAUAGCUCAAAGAGUACACUGGGCAGCCUGAUGAGCAUUUACAGUGAAGGAGGAGACUUUGACAGCGUGGAGGUGAGCGGAGACGUUGUCUUCUCUAUGAGCUACGAUGAACACACCCAGAGCCUCCAGGUCUUCAUCAAGGAGUGCCACGAGCUGGCCUGCGGCGAUUCCUCACGGCAGCUUUCCAACCCUUAUGUCAAAUGUUACCUACUUCCUGACAAAUCUCGCCAGAGCAAAAGGAAGACCAGCAUUAAGAGAAACACAGUAAACCCUGUCUACCAAGAAACACUGAAGUAUUCUAUCAGCCGCUCUCAGCUGGCAACCCGGUCCAUGUUGAUAUCAGUCUGGCAUCAUGGUCGCCUGAGCCGCAACGCCUUCCUGGGAGAGGUGGAGAUCCCUCUGGACUGCCAAGACCUUGACUCCACGGACAUGGACCGCGUGGCUCUCAUGGCGAAGGCAGCCUCUGCUAUGCCGGCUUCCGCUUUUGCUCAGUACAAAGGAGAGUUGGUGAUCUCCUUGAAAUAUAUCACACCUAAAAAGCCAACAACUGAGAAAAUCAAAGGAAAAAAGGCAGUGACUGGGGAAGGGGGAGAACUGCACAUUCUAAUUAAAGAGGCAAAGAAUUUGGUGGCAGUGAAGCCAGGAGGAACGUCGGAUAGCUUUGUAAAAGGGUACUUGUUCCCAGCUAAGGCAAAGAACACCAAGAAGAAGACUCCAGUUGUGAAGAAGAAUCUGAACCCCCACUAUGACCACACAUUUGUGUACAAGGACCUGGCUCUGGAGCAGCUGAAGGGGAUGUGUCUGGAGCUGACAGUGUGGGACAGAGAGGCCCUGCUGAGCAAUGAAUUCCUGGGAGGAGUCCGUCUCAGCUCUGGAAGAGAAACUGUAAAAAUAGGAAAAGAGGAAGUGCAGAUGGACUCGGUUGGAGAGGAGAGCAGUCUGUGGGAGAAGAUGAUGCAGUACCCUGACUCGUGGGCAGAGGGCACUCUUCCACUGCGUUCUACUAUGGCGAAGGCUACGGUUAAAUAAGGACAGCACAGGCCUGGAUCCUCCAAAAAAAAUCCAGACUGAAAUGGGGAGAAGCUGUGGGGUUCUGAGACAAAUAUAAGAUUUUGGAUUCAUUUUUGCAAGAAUAUCGGACCAGAAGCUUGUCUACUGCAGUGAACCAACACACUGCUGAUUGGCUGUAAGCAGACACAGGGUUCAUUGGCCUGUUGAACCCUAAACAUCCACUCACACCUGCUUCCCUGUAAGGGGUUCAUCUUCAGCACGCCUCCCCGCUGACUGAAGACUGUAACUGUUGAAAAUGUGUCAAAGCACCACAACACUAAACUCUGGAUUUAUUUUUAAGAGAAAUUCAAGACGCAUUCAAUUCAUGCUUUUUAAUUUCCGGCUUUAUGUAUUAUUGCAAUUCAAAAUCAUGCAUGUCAUAAUGUGUCACUUUUCUUUAUAAUUGUGUACAGAAUUACACUGAUUCAUUUUAACAUAUUAUAACAUUUCUGGUGUUGUUCCCUACCAAUUCUACUUGGUUUUAUCUAUAUCAUUGUAUUUUACAUUAAUACUGUAAAAAAUUAUAUUUAUAUACCUUUCUUAAAAAAAGCCUGAAUUGAAAUUAUUAAAUGUGUCUACUUGAAGAUAUAAAUGUAGAUUUUUAACUUUUAACUCAUCAUUGGAGUGUGAUCAGAGUCAUGUUCACGUCAAGGAAUUCACCCAAUAAAAUUGGACAAAACCCAA